AUGGCAAUCAAGCUGAAAUUGUGCGUCGCUUUUCAGUUGAUUUGUAUUUAUUAUCUCACAGAGGUUUAUUCCCUAGUGGAAUUUACAAACGUACAGUGCGAGACCUUGGAUAAGGACUUUUCCCUAUUUGAAUAUUGCUAUCUUUAAUCUGUGAACCGAUCUUACAAAUAUGUUUCCCUCAAAGUUAAACUACUAAAGAUACCCGUAACCAAAAUUAAGGUGCAAUUUGGUCUCUAUAAACGUUUGAAUGGCUAUAAGCCUUUUCUCUACAAUAUGACUCUUGACGGGUGCAGAUUUCUAAAAUCUAGAAAUCCCAAUCCGAUUGCUCUGUAUUUUUACAAUCUCUUUAAAGAUUAUUCCAACAUAAACCACACCUGUCCUUAUAACCAUGAUCUUGUGCUGGAUGAAAUGUCAUAUCAUAGUAUAAAUUACAAGCUCACCGAAAUACUACCCUUUCCGGAGGGAAAUUAUAAGCUUGAAGUGCAUUGGAUAGCCUACGAUAUUGAUCGCGCUAUAACUACGUUUUAUUUCGCAUUUUCUUAA